AUCGUCAGUCUCUCUGUCUCACUGCAGCAACAAUGGCUUCAAACUUGUGGUCAGAGGAUCAGUUUAGCUGUUCAGUGUGUCUGGAGCUAUUGAAGGACCCAGUCACUAUUCCAUGUGGACACAGUUACUGUAUGGGGUGUAUUAAGAACUGCUGGGAUCAGAAUGAUCAUACAGGUGUCUACAGCUGCCCCCAGUGCAGAAAGACCUUUACCCCAAGGCCUGAUCUGGGCAGAAACACCAUGCUGGCUGAAGUUGUGGAGAAAUUAAAGAAGACAGGACUCAAUCCUCCUCCUGCUCAAAGUUAUGCUGGACCUGGAGAUGUGCCGUGUGAUUUCUGCACUGGGAGAAAGUUCAAAGCUGUGAAAUCCUGUUUGACGUGCCUGGCCUCUUACUGUGAAACACACGUCAAGCCACACAGUGAGGUUACUCCAUUAAAGAGGCACAAGCUGGUCAAUGCAAUUGGAAAUCUGGAGCAGAAGCUUUGUGCUGAACACCAACGAUUAUGUGAGGUCUUCUGUAGAACCGAUCAGACGUGUAUUUGCUUGUUGUGUUUACAAAAUGAACACAAGAGUCAUGAUACAGUCUCGGCUGAGGCAGAAAGGAGUGUGAAACAGAAGCAGCUGGGAGAGACACAGACAGAAAUACAACAGAGAAUCCAGGAGAGACUGAAAGAAAUUGAGGAGCUGAAACAGGCUGUGGAGUCACUGAAAAGAUCUGCAUGCAUAGAAAUAAAGGAAAGUGAGAAGAUCUUUACUGAGCUGAUCCGAUCCAUUGAGAAGAUCCACACUGAGGUUAUUGAGCUGAUUGGAGCUAACGAGAAGGCUGCAGUGAAUCAGGCUGAAGGACGCAUGAAGAAACUGGAGCAGGAGAUUGCUGAGCUAAGGAGGAGAAACACUGAGCUGAAACAGCUUUCAGAGACAGAGGAUCACAUCCAUUUUCUACAGAAUUUCCAGCCUCUCUGUGCCCCUCCUGAAGCUGGAGACUUACCCAGCGUUACUGUCAAUACAGACAUCUCUUUUGAGGCUGUGAGGAAAGCUGUAUCUGAACUUAAAGACCAUAUUGAGGACUUCUGCAAGGGGGAAUUAAUAACAAAAACAGUGAAUGAAGUUGCAGUUUACAGUCUGCAGGCUCCAGAGCCAAGGAACAGAGCUGAGUUUUUAAAAUAUUCCUGUCAGCUCACACUGGACCCCAACACAGCAUAUGAAGAUCUCUGUCUGUCUGAAGGGAACAGAAAGGUGACAUGGAGGAGAGAGACCCAGAGAUAUCCUGAUCACUCAGAGCGAUUUGAUAGCUGGCCCCAAGUGCUGUGCAGAGAGGGUUUGUCUGGGACUCGCUGUUACUGGGAGAUUGAGUGGAGUGAGGGAAGGGCUGAUAUAGGAGUCACAUAUAAAGGAAUCAGCAGGAAAGGAAGGGAUCAUUCCUGUUUCCUUGGAUUCAAUGACAAGUCCUGGAGUUUGUUCUGCUCUGAUUCCAGUUACACUGCCCGGCACAAUAACAAUCAAACUGCAAUAACUGCUCCCCACUCCCCCAGAAUAGGAGUGUAUCUGGACUUUAAUGCCGGCACACUGUCCUUUUAUGGCGUCUCUGACACAAUGACCCUCCUGCACAGAUUCCAAACCACAUUCACUGAGCCGCUCUAUCCUGGGUUUUGGCUUUGGUGUUCUGAUUGCACUGUAACAAUCUGCCAGCUGAACUAGACUGUUUUGUGUUGUAAGAAACCCUUUGUAUUGAACUCCCUGUCUGUCCUCUCCACUCCUCGGGUGAAGGGAAUGUUCAAUCUGACACAACUUUGGAUGAAAGUUAGGGGGUAAAACGGCGCCACCUGCAGAGCGAAACGAGGUGAAUUAUUUGUUUUUAGCAACGAAUGGAUUUCAUACAAAAUAACUGUAUUUAAUUUAUUUUUUAAGAAUUGUUAUGUUUUAUAUAUUUUAAGAAAUGGCAUCCAAUAGUCAGUGCUGUAACAGUUUUAAAAAAAGUGAACUUAAGUUUGCUUUAUUGUGUGUGUGUUUUUGUUUUUUGAUUCCCAUAAAAUGUUUGUUCUGUAUAUUUUUUCAGAUUUUAGUAAUGUGAUUUAAUAAAAUAAAUAAAAAAUUGAUUAACUGUGACUUUUUCUUAUUUAUUAAUACUCAUUAACACUCAUUAAGCAUAGGGAAGCAUUGUAAAGCACAGAGAGGUCUGGUAAAGCAUAGGGAAGCAUUGUAAAGCACAGACAGGUGUGGUGUAUUUAUUUAUUAUUAUUUGUAUUUUUGUUUGCGGCCCGGAUAAAAGUGCUGCGUAUUUGUUAUUGUUUUUAUAAUUUAAACCUCGUGAGGAUGCAUGGCUGAUCAGCUACUGAUUAUUUAACUAGCUGACAGUCACACAUCCUUACCAAACGCGUGCAGACUGUGGCCGAGGGGUAAUAAGAUAAUUAACAGCUAGUUAACCCCUCGGACAGAAUAUAAGAACCUGCAGCUGUCUGUACUGUGGGGUUUGGGUGUACAGAGAGGAGGUACGGGGAGAUAGAGAGGAGACAGAAUCUAGGAUAACAAUUGCUGAAACAUGCUGGAUUAGCCAGCACAACACUUACUGGUUU